AUGGGUUACAAUGUUCAUACAAAUGAUUACAGAACAAGUGGGUGUCCCCUGCCCAGCUAUCCGCCGGUACAGCUCCCUCAAUAUCCCACUAUUUUGCGUCAAGGCUAUGGGCAGCAAAUCCCGGCCUUUCCAUUGGAUGCCCGAUCACCUCAAGUAGCAUAUACUGCAAAUAGAAAUGGCUCUACCCAAAAUGGCAAUGGGCAACAGCAGUAUUCUUCGCAUGGCUACAGUCCCUCACUCCCCACUAUUCAAGCCCCAUUGCCUGCACCUCAAAACCACACUUCGUUCCAAACAAACGCCCACGCUGGUCAGCCUCUACUGAUGGGUCCACCGAUACGCAUGGGCUUUGAUGCAAAGCCAAUUGGUCAUCAGACUCAGCAACAUGCCCAGCCGACUGCGAACGGAACCAACGCACAUCAGCAUGGAUUAUCGAACGGCCACGAUUCACCUUAUCGACACAGCUCUCCCAUGAGCUUCCCUUCUGGCCGUCACGAAUCUCCAAAUCCUUUCCCAGGAUAUCGUGGCCGAGGCCAGAAACGUGGACAUGGAGAAGUUUUCCACAGACCGCGAAACCAGAAUCACCGAAUUCAAGUUGCACCCGCAGUGCCCAGCUUUGGAGGUCCACUUCCUCUCCCUAUAAAACCACCAGCACUUCAUGAAACUACUAGGAAACCCAGGAAGAAGAAGCGAAAACAUAAUCAGCUAGGUCUGACUCCUAAAGCAGAGGAACAUGAGUCCAGUGAAGAGGAGGAAGACGACGCAGACGAAGAGGCCAGACUUGCCGCCGUGGCUGCGAGCACUGGUCAAGGCCCUCAGCUCUUACAAUUCGACUUUAAAGGUCGUACUUCCACCCUACAAUCUUCGUCAGAUAUCACAGCCUGGAUAGAAGAACGCAAGAAGAAAUUUCCAACUAAAGCGCGCGCUGAAGAGAUUGCAGAGGGUAAGCGGCAGCGCGAAGAGCAACAGAGAGCAACCAAUCAAGUUCGUAGAGAAGCUCAAGAAAAGCACAGAACGGAAGUCAAUGAAAGACGGAAGCAGACGACGGAAGGAGAGAAGCAGCGAAAGAAAAGUGAAACCACGUCCAAAGAUGCGGCGGCGAAAUCCAAGCGCAAAGUGGAAAAGCUUCGAAAACAGCUCGAGAAGGAAGAGAGACGCAUUGCCAAAGCAGAGGCCAAGACAUCCAAAGAUCAGGUAGAAUUUAGUAGGGAAAUGGGUAGAACGGAUAUGUCAGCCCUCGGCAAUGAAAGCAAGAAGAGAAAGCGAUCAGAUAGCGGUGGAUCUUGCAGCGCAAAGAUUGAGGACACCGACCUAGUAAAGACAGAGCUUCAAGAAACCGCAAGCAUAGUGCCUGAUCCUUUGACACCGACCUCGCAGCCGGCAUUAGCGGAUGAAGAACGAGAUCCUCCGCCCAAAGCUCUCAACGCAGAUAGUGCCCCUGAUCAAGCGAAUCCUUCAAACGGACAAGAAGGCGACGGACACUCCUUCCCUGGGAUGGACCGAUCGAUCCAAGAUUCAAGUGUCUCCUCGUCCGACUCGAGCUGCGACUCUUCCUCGACAGUCUCUGAAGAUAUUACAUCUUCCAGCGGUUCAUCUUCCGACGAUGCUAGUGACGACGGAGCUCCUGACGAGACUUCCACAAAGCGAAACGGGCCCGAGAGAGUUGCGCCUCCAAAGCGUGCAAAGCCGAAGCAGAUAUGCCGAGAGUUCCUCCAUAAAGGUCUCUGCAAACGAGGCAGCCGCUGUAAGUAUUUGCACGGAUUGCCAGAAAGGGCAAGCCAUAAGGCGGGGAGCCAGGAGGUAAGAAGAAAUGAAGGAAGAAAGGAGAGAGUCGGACUCUAUCAGCGACUUGUAGAGCAGGAAAAAGAGCAAGAAGACCGCAAUAUUAUGGAAGCUAUCCUUCAUCUCGGAGAAAAAGGGCUCUUGGAAAAAUGCGUGCAGGCAGUAAAUGGAGACGAGAAAGCAAGUUGA